AUGCCGCCUCCUACAAGCUGCCGUCCCAAGCACCAGCUUGCUCGGCUGGUGCCUGGAGCCGGCCCUGAUUCAGUGCCCAAGGAAGCCAAUUCACUGCCUGCUCUUAUCAAGGAAAUUCAGGCAGAGCUGAGCGUUACUGUGGCUGAAACUGAGGCACAACGGAGGCAUGCUGUGUAUCACUUUCCAUCCAAGAGUGGGGAAACUGAGGCAGUUAAUGAGUACUGCCAAAUGUAUGACACCUGUCCGACUGCCCAAGCAAAAAGUACAGCAGAGAACCACAGUAGAGUGAACUAUCCAGUUUACAGAGCUGAGGGCCCACCUGGAGGUGAAUGAAUUAAGGCUGAUGGCUUUGCCUUUAUGGAUCCAGGACCAUUUAAUGGAACCAUGACAAAGAAGGAAGUGCCAAACAAACCUUUGAGAGUGCGUGUCCGAUCUCCAGGCAACAAGUUAUCUGUCCGGUGGAAGCUACCCCAGGCCUCAGGCCUCAGGAGUCCACGCAGAUCUCAAGGCUACCUCUUGGGUUAUGGGGAAAGCAGCCGAAAGAUGAGUUAUGUUCCUCUGCAAAAACAUGAACGAAGCCAGGAAGCUAAGAAACUAGCAUCUGAAUCGGUUUAUGUGGUUUCACUGCAGUCAAGGAAUUCCCAAGGACAGAGUCAGCCAGUCUAUAGUGCAGCUUUAACCAAGAGCAAGGUCUCAGAGGAGGAUGAGCUAGAGGAGGCAAAAGACAUAAGCGUUCGUGUUAUGUCCUCUCAAUCUGUGCUUGUUGCGUGGACGGAUCCCAUAUACGAAAAACCAAAGAAAGUUGACCCAACUAGGCGAUAUGCUGUCCGUUAUCGAGAGAAAGGGGAAUCAGCAAGGUGGGAUUACAAACAAGUCCCUAACAGACGGGUGUUAGUGGAUCAGCUGAUACCAGACACUAUGUAUGAGUUUGCAGUGCGAAUUUCAGAGGGAGAAAGGGAAGGCAAAUGGAGUGCUUCUGUUUACCAACGAACCCCAGAAGCUGCUCCUGCAAGUGCACCUGAAAAUUUAGAUGUUUGGCCAAUAAAAGGCAAAACAACCUCUGUCACUGCAUCUUGGGACCCUCUUGCAGAGAGUGAAGGAAAAGUAAAAGAAUACAUUCUUUCAUACGCCCCGGCUCUCAAACCAUUCGGAGCAAAGUCCAUCACCUAUCGUGGAGGUACUACUUCUGCCAUAAUAGAUGGUCUGCAGCCUGGGGAACGCUAUAUUUUCAAAAUUCGAGCAGCAAACAGGAGGGGACAAGGUCCUCAGUCUAAAGCCUUCAGUGUCAUUAUGCCAACAGCCAGUAGGGAUGAUUCAAAUGUUCAUCAACAAACAAACAUUCAAGAUAAUAUGGAGUCAAAAAAACCUGGUGAUGAUGUGCCUUCAUCCCCACCUCGAACCUUUCCUGUUCCUUCUCGGAAAAUCCAACCAUCAGCUUCCUCUAAGCAUACUGCUGUUCAUUCAUCUAGUUCUCCUAGUGGUGGAGAUACAAAAAGUCCUCUUUCUGAGUUUAAGAAUAAACUGUUGACUGGUAGUGGGGUGCUAAAUAAAUCACAGCUAUUCUCUAAAAAGACAUCAGAGCGAGAACCUGAUCCCCAAUUCACUGAAGUCACAGAUGAUCAAGAGUCCUCCAUUGAAAUGCCAACACUAUUGCCUAAAACCCAAGAUCAGAGAAGAAACAUUGGGCCCCACUCUCCUAGCCGUCCAUUUCACUCUGUCCUUUCUUCAGGUAGAACACCAGUUAGGUCACGCACUCCAGUAAGGACAAGACAAACGAGCACAGACAAACAUGGCUCCUCUUCGUCUUCCUUGACCCAACGCUCCUCAUCCUCUGCAUCUUCUCCCAUUUUUAAGUACACAGAUAAUGAAACAAAGGGUCAGAGACAAGGCAACUCUAAUAUUCCUUCUUCCCCUAAAAUCCCUUUAGAUAAUCUGCCUGCUGAAAAUGUACCUCAUGAUAUUGCAGAUAGUGUGGAGGAAAAGCAAGUAAGUCUAGAUUCUGUGCCAUUAAAAAAAACAGGAUCCAGUCAAGUAUCUCCUAAAACUCCAGACCACACUCGCUUGGCUUUACCAUUGAAUCGGCAGUCUUCUGUAUCUCGCAAGGUGGUCCAGAGCCAUCAGACUAAGCCACACACCUCUUCUGUGCCAGUUAAAUCACCUACAUCAUCAACAGUUACAAACUCUCAAAGUCAUUCACGCUAUCCCUCUUCUAAAUUAGUUCACUCUGAUACCCUGGAUAGUUAUGACAAUUAUGAUGGCAAAGAGGCAGGGAGUAGAAAUGAUAGGUCAAGUUCCAGUUCUUCUUCUCAUGGUGGAGAUUCACUUCCAUCACUGCAAACAAAACUUCACUCAGGUUCUAAUCCUCACAUGUUGAAGGAUCCAAAAUUAGCCACCGCCUCUGCAUCAUCACAGUCUGCUGUUUCUGCUUCUGCUAGUCAUACUUUGACUAACUCACGCAUCCCAUCUUCUGCUAAACGUAAGUCUGAUGGAAGGGAUGUUGAUGAUGGUAAUUAUAGUGAGGACACAGAAACAGAAGGGGAAGAGAAAAGACAAGACUCUUCCUCGUCUAGGUUUAAUUCUAGGUCUUUUUUAGGACAGACUGCCUCUGAACGUUUUAAUUUGCUCAAGCACAAGUCAUCUCAUACAAUCAAUAAGUUUCCAAACAAGAUCAGUAGUAGUCAAGAAUCUAAGCUACCACCCUCUAAACCCCCUUAUUCUGCUGUCGCCUCAAAGGUUCAUCCUCAGACUAAUGCACGCCUAACCUCAACUAGUGCCACUAGGUCUAGUUCCAAUAUUGAGAGAGAUACUAGAGAACUGGAGGGUGAAGAUGAGAAACCAUUACCCUCAACUAUUGCACAUGACCAUUCACCUUCCUCUUCUAGACCAUCAUCUUCAGCAGCAGUCUAUUCUAGAAGAAGAAGUCCUUCGGUAGAUUCUAAUGUUCACCGCAGAGAGCCAGUCAAAGAAAAAUCACAGCUUUCUGGUUCAGAAGAUGAACUUCUUAGUACAAAAAUGGAGGAAACUCCCACAAAAUCAGGCUCUUUGCUUACAGUCCGCCGAUCUUCUUCAUUGCCCUCAAUAUCUGGGAGAUCUCCCCCAUCUACUAGAACUAACCACCACUCUAGUCCUAGUGUUUCUCACCGGGUAACAAAUGGUCAGGAUGCAAGGUCAAGAGCCUUAUCAGGCUCAUCAUCUUCCACUGGGUCUUCAUCAGUGGCUACUGCGGAAAAGUAUUCUCGUGUACAGUCUUCUGCUUCCAAACAACAGCCUGAUGAUCGGGACAGUAAGGAGGUGAAGGAAACCUUUGCAAAAUCAAAACAAAGUAUACUUUUGUCUCAAAAAACAUUAACUGGAGGCUCUCAUUUUUCAUCUAAAAAAACUCUCCAUUCAGAACCAAGCCCUUCUCAAAAGGCACAUGCUGGUCAGUCUCAACUUCCAUUCUCCUCAUUAAAUUCUAGAGGCUGGCUUCCUUCUCAGAUCUCCCACAAAAGUAAUGAAAAAUUACAGGAGGAUGAGGAUGUGGCUGAGGAGAAGGAAGCAGAUGACAAAAUAAAUGCCCAUUCUACAUUCCCUAAAGAUGUCUCUUCUUCUAGGAGAAUAUCUACCUCUUUGUCUCAGGGAAGUUCUAGCUCAUCUCUUUCAAAGCUCCAGCAGUCAGUUUCUCAAAUUAGUAAAGUUGAUGAAAAACUCAAAAGUAGGCAUGACUCUCCAACUUCUUCCAGAGGAUCAAGUUCAUCUUUGCCAGCAGGCAGACAUGUUGGAUCCAGGGUAGCCACUUCAAAUGAACAGGUGUCAGAUUCGUAUAAACCAUCUUCAUCUUCCUAUCAAUCAAAACCCGCUCAGCCAGGCUCUAGCUCCAUCACUGGCACAGCAAAGGACAAUCAGAAUAGCAGGGAUACUUCUUUAUCUUCAAAGUCAUCCUCCACUUCUUUGAGACAAACUCAUCCUUCAGUUCCUAAUUACCAUUCAGGUUCCAGAGUCUCUACUAGAAUAGCAUCCAAAAGUGAGAAGAAAUAUGGCCCAUUCCAGUCACCACCAUCAAAAGUGGAACCUUCUCCAAAAGCUCCUUUCUCCUCUAUAUCGAAAUCUCGCCAGUCAGUUUCAAAAGAUGGUGAUGAUGAGGGAGAAGUGGAGGAGAAACCCACAUUAUCUUCAGCUGCAAGAUGGUCAUCUUCCUCCAAUUCUAAAGGCAGUACAAAUAUGAAUGGCAAUGGUGCCAGGGAUAAAAGGAAACCCAUGGGCUCUCGUCUAAUACAUAAAGUAAACUCUGCAGAAGAAAAAGAGGAGGAGGAAGAGCCUCCCACUUUAAAACAAUCUCUUCCUGCCUCACAAGGCAGGUCAUCAUCUUCUGUAGUCUCAAGAAUUUCUCAGACCCCUAACAAACCACAUACAUCUUCUAAGCCAAGAUUGGCCUGGCCACGCUCCUCUGCAUCCAUAUCUGUGCCUUCUCAGCUGUAUCCCACACACUCUGCUUCUCCAACUCUUACUUCAUCUUCAUCCCCUCUCGUGCCCCGUCAACGACUACAAAGGCCACGAAACCUUUCUCAACGGCAAUUUGUCAGACCUCCAUAUAGACAAGGUAGUAAUGGUAGGCCCAAUCUUACAACAAAAACAAAUAUAAAUGGGAAAAUACUACCUGGUAAUAAUGGAAAACAAGGUGGACAAAGAAUAAUCAAUGGUCCUCAAGGGACAAAGUGGAUCGUAGAUCUCGACCGAGGGCUAGUGUUAAAUGCUGAAGGAAGAUACCUCCAAGAUUCCCAAGGAAACCCCCUUCGAGUGAAACUAGGAGGAGAUGGACGCACUAUUGUUGAUGCUGGUGGUGCUCCAGUAGUGAGUCCUGAUGGAUUACCCUUGUUUGGACAUGGGCGAUUUAGUAAGCCUCUAGCAAGUGCACAAGAUAAACCAGUAGUAAGCCUUGGAGGGAAACCACUGAUUGGUCUUGAAAUGAUUAAAAAGACAACAGCUUCUUCAACAACUACGACCACAAUUCCCACAACAACCACAACUGCAACUACAACCACAACUACCAUCACAACCACCACUCCUGAACCAACAACUACUGAGCUUCCAACAGAGAAACCACUACCUACAUGUCCCCCAGGCACUGAUGCUCAGUAUGAUGAGGAGGGCAAGUUGGUAAUAGGGCUUGAUGGCCUGCCUGAAUGCAAUGCAGAAGAUACAUUCUCAGGGCUGGAUAUGGAUGUGACAGCAACUCCAGAGGCAUAUGUGAUCUAUGACGAAGACUAUGAGUUUUUUGAGAGCACUUUGCCUCCAACCACUACCAUGAUCACUACUACUACUGCUGCUACUACUACUACAGAAGCAGUGCCUGAGACAGACUAUCCAGAGAUCAGUGUUGCCGGCUCCGAUCCUGUGUCAGAAUUUGACGUAGCUGGGAAGAAACGAUUUACUGCUCCUUAUGUGAGUUAUCUCAAUAAAGAUCCUGCAGCCCCCUGCUCCUUGACAGAGGCAUUGGAGCACUUCCAAGUGGAAAGCCUGGAUGAAAUCAUACCCUAUAAUCUAAAAGAGGGAGAGCUGCGUCCCCGGACAGUCCCUUACAAUAUCACAGUGGUGGCAGUGGAAGGCUGUCACUCCUUUGUCAUUGUGGACUGGGCCAAACCCCGACAAGGAGACCUGAUAACAGGUUACUUGGUUUACAGUGCAUCUUAUGAUGACUUUAUAAGAAACAAGUGGUCAACCAGGACUGCAGGGGCUACUCAUUUACCUAUUGAGAACCUGAAGCCAAAUACAAGAUACUAUUUUAAAGUCCAAGCAAAGAAUCCCUAUGGUUAUGGGCCUAUUAGCUCUUCAGUCUCAUUUGUCACAGAAUCUGAUAAUCCACUGCUUAUUGUCAGACCACCUGGUGGUGAGCCCAUCUGGAUCCCUUUCACUUUUAAAUAUGAUCCCACCUACUCAGACUGCAGUGGAAAGCAGUAUGUGAAACGCACUUGGUACCGAAAAUUUGUGGGAGUGGUUCUUUGCAACUCUUUGAGGUACAAGAUUUACCUCAGUGAUGACCUGAAAGAUACAUUCUACGGCAUUGGAGAUAGCUGGGGGAGAGGUGAGGACCACUGCCAGUUUGUGGAUUCACACAUGGAUGGAAGAACAGGGCCUCAGUCAUAUGUAGAAGCCUUGCCCACCAUUCAAGGGUAUUAUCGCCAGUAUCGCCAGGAACCCGUGUCAUUUGGGCGCAUUGGUUACACAACACCUUACUACUAUGUCGGCUGGUAUGAGUGUGGCGUGCCAAUUCCAGGGAAAUGGUAA